CCAUCCUUAUUUUUUGCCUGUACCCUAAUUAAGCGAGCCUACCAGAAAAAUCAAACCUUCGAUUCCUUCUUCUAUCAAACUCAAGAUACACAUCUGAACGACAUCAAGGCAACAACCCAACAACACAGUUGCCCAUCAUGUCGCUCGUCUCAGGCGAGAAGACGAACUUCCAGUUCAUCUUGCGUCUCCUCAACACGAACGUCGAUGGCAAGGAGAAGGUUAUGUACGCCAUGACCCGAAUCAAGGGUGUUGGUCGACGAUACUCCAACUUGGUCUGCAAGAAGGCCGAUGUCGACCUGAACAAGCGUGCCGGUGAACUCACCUCGGAAGAGCUUGAGCGAAUUGUCACCAUCCUCCAGAACCCCACCCAGUACAAGAUCCCCGCCUGGUUCCUCAACCGACAGCGCGAUAUCACCGAUGGCAAGAGCUCGCAGAUCCUGGCGAACGGUGUCGACUCCAAGCUCCGUGAAGAUCUCGAGCGCCUAAAGAAGAUCCGCGCUCACCGUGGUCUCCGACACUACUGGGGCCUCCGUGUCCGCGGUCAGCACACCAAGACUACCGGUCGUCGCGGCCGGACUGUCGGUGUCUCCAAGAAGAAGGGUGGUUAAGGGUCUUAGCGGUGGCAGCAUGGUUUCAUUGGUUCAGGUCAUUCAUUGCGGAUGGACAGGCGUGAAGGCUGGACUGAAAUUACUGCAUCAAAACGUUUCUAUGAAUUACUUUGCGAAUUGGGGACUUUGCUCAUCGGUUUCGGCAAGUCAUAGGUGUACUCUAGAGAAUAAAGAGACAUCAUUGUGACCAACA